AAAAUAAAAAUUAGUAGCUCAUUAACAGGAACAGGAUAAACGCCCUUUUUGAGGAAUAUAAAAGAAACCAGGUUAACUUCUGUCUCUCCAGAACUCUCUUCAACAUCCUUCCCUGCAGAUAAACUCCUGCAAGACAUCAAAAUCUCUCAGAACCAUAAACAUCAGACUCCAAGAUGAUCUUAUUGCUCUUCUUGUUUGGCCUUUCUUUGGCCGCUGUGGCUCCUUCAGACGGACAGGAGAUGAAGCUACUGCGUAACGGCUGCCCCUUGUUCUGGUACGGCUUCAACGGCCGCUGCUACAAGUACGUCGCCACAUUGAUGACGUGGGGUGAAGCAGAGCAGCACUGCCUGUCCCAAGAAGCCAACCUGGUGUCAAUCCACAGUCUGCAAGAAGAGAACUUUGUCAAAACGUUGAUCGGAAACUUUGAUCCUGCUCAGGGAGUCAACUGGAUCGGACUUACUGACGCUCAGAAGGAGGGAGCAUAUUUCUGGUCUGAUGGAUCUAAAUUGACCUUUAGUUUUUGGAAUGCAGGAGAGCCAAACAACUCCGGAGGACCCGAAUCGUGUGUGCACACUAAUUGGGGUUCAGCCAGGAAAUGGAACGAUAAAAUGUGCACAGAUAAAUACGCCUCUGUUUGUAAAGCUCGCCUAGCUUGUUAUUAGCUGUUAAAAUGUGAUUGUGAAUCUGCUCUGUGGUUUUAAAUGUGUUGAUCAGAAAAUAUCCGCCUUAACAUGAUGGAUAAAACAUGCAAAACCUUUUGUGCAAUUUGUUUUCUGGUAUAAUUUGACUUUUGUUUAUCAUUUUUUAUAAAUAUUCUUUUGUCUGUAAAGCUUGCAUAGUUUGCUGAGAUUGUUAUUCUUUAAAUGUGUUGAUCAGAAUAUAUCAACUUAACAUGUUGGAUAGAAAGUAGGCAAUUAUUUGUAUAAAACUUUCUUUUGAUGAAGUGUGAAGAUAUUUUUUUCUUCUUGAUCCAAUAAAAAAAAUUGUUGCUUUAAAGAAAUUCGAUUGAACUUAGUUUGUUUUAAACAAGAAAAUGUGUAGAAAGAGAUGAUGAUGUGUGUUUCACAGAUAAUGAAAAUGCUUAAUUUAUACAGUUGUUUUGAACCUAGAUUCAAAAGAACUUGCAAGGUAAAAGCUUGUUUUUGGUGGAGUUAAAAACAUGAUAAUGUGACGCACUGUAAAAAUUUCAAAGGGACAUUUAUUAAAAUAAAUGUUAACAUUUUAAAGCUCAGUAUUUGACAGGAUCCUGAGCACCUUUGAAAUUGAAUUUAUGACACUGAGAUGUUUAUUUCGGUGCAUCAAUAAAAAAUCUAAGGUAAAUAAAAAAAACUCUUGAUUUAUUCAUUUGUUGAGGUCAUAAGAUCAUUGUGAUCCUAAAAAUAAGACAAUGUUAGGGCACAAGAACUGAAACGCGAAUUUCAUCCAUUGAUUAAUAUAUUACA